ACCUCAUCUUCUGGUCCUGUCAACAACUACCGAUUUCUGUCCCCCAAUACACCAUACGAUGCAAUGAGGUCUAUUGAAGAUACUAGGAAGAGAUGGUCAGCUCUGUUUUGCGACAAUGACACCACCUCCAAUCUCCGAACCGCUCUGAAAUCAGAACAAGGGAACAUAUGCAGUGAUGGACUGAGGUCUGUUUGUUGGAAGGCAUUCUUGCUCUUCGACGACCUCGACCGCACACAAUGGCUACCCAAGAUACACGAGACCCGAAGCGCCUAUUCCGCACUACGAGAACACUUCCUAAAGUACAUCGAGCAUCCCGAUGACUUACAAUCGACGAUCGAUCCGCUGGCGGAUGAUGAGGAGUCGCCCUGGCAGACACUGCGACGCGACGAACAGAUGAGGGCGGAUGUAUCGCAAGAUGUGGAUAGGUGCUUGCAAGAGAAUUUCUUCUUUCGGGAACCCACGACCAAGUCGAAGAUGACUGAUAUACUGUUUAUCUACGCCAAACUUAAUCCGGAUUUGGGAUAUCGGCAGGGUAUGCACGAGCUGCUGGCGCUUAUACUGUGGGUUGUUGAUCGGGAUGCGGUUGAGCGGAAUCCGCUAGCGGACAAGGAUGACGAUUUGAUGGUGAAUUUGUUGGAUGCUUCUUAUGUUGAGCACGAUUCCUUUGCGUUGUUUUGCUCGGUUAUGCAGACUGCUCGAGUGUACUACGAACAUGGCGAGCAGAGAUCGUCGAGUGGUACAAUGGAUGUCAUUCCUAUUGUCAACCGGUGUCAGUAUAUCCACCAGGAGUUAUUAAUGACCGCAGACUUCGAGUUAGCGGAUCAUUUACAGGCUCUUGAGAUUUUACCCCAGAUCUUUUUGACCCGCUGGAUGCGUCUACUAUUUGGCCGCGAAUUCCCGUUCGAGGAUGUGCUUGUCAUGUGGGAUCAUCUCUUUGCCGAGGGGUUACGACCGGAACUCGUCGACUUUGUCUGUGUCGCAAUGCUUCUACGAAUCAGAUGGCAAUUAUUGGCCGUGGAUAGCUCGACUGCUUUGACCCUUUUGCUCCGCUAUCCAUCCCCUCAUCCAUAUGCACCCCAGAGCUUCGUGUACGACGCGAUAUACCUAGACCAGAAUCCAACGACCGAGAGGGGCAAAUUCAUUAUCUCGAAAUGCUCCGGCAAGCCUCCUGAAGCCUCGAGACGGCUUGACGCAAGGCCUGUUCCAAACAGGCGAGCGCAGCUGCUUGGUGACUGGAAAGACAUGAAUGAAGCCAAUGCAUUCUCUAAAUCACCAAGAAGCAGCUCCAGGGGCCUGGAGACAAUUUUUCAAGAUGUCUCUGAAGGCAUUCAGCGACGGACUGAAUCCUGGGGGGUCGCAAAAGCUGUCCGCGGCGCGGUGAGCGAAGCGCGAAAGAACAUGCAGUCAAUUCAAUCAGAGGGCUACCCUCGUACGAGAUAUGGUGAUAGCUCCUCGUUUAGUGCUAGGAACAGCGCCUCCUGGUCACAGGAGCCAGAGACCGCCGAUCUACGCGAGCGAAUCGAUCAUUUGGAGGAACGCAACCGGAUACUUGCCAAGUCUCUGAGCCAGUCUCUGAACGACCUACGCUCUCAGAUGAUGAACAGGAAUGCCGAAAAGGUCGAUCCGCAAGCUACAGCCGUUAUGAAGCAGACUCUGACAAGGGUGCAGUCUGUGCAGACAUGUCUUGAGGACCCAUCGGCUUCUCUGCAGUCAACCACUGCCACGGAAGCGAAAGAACCAACAAAGCAGAAAACCGAACAACCUUCCACAGCUUCUGGUAGUACUGAACAGUCAUCCAGGUCAUCAUCAUCAUCAUCAUCGACUAGUGAAAGGCCAUCGCGACCCGGCGCCAGAAAGCCCGGAGGUCCAACAUCAAUUCCUCUACGCCAGUCACCACGGCCGUCAUUGGCGAAUUCCGAAUUCUCAUGGAUGCUGGGAGGUCACGGUAAUCGGAACCUAUCCGGAUUUGUUAGUUCGGCCUCGGAGCCACCGGAGCAGGCACGACAGCAGAACCAAACGCUAUUUGGUACCGACGAGGAGAAAUCGAAGCGGUCUCCUGCCGAGCCGGAUGGCCUGGCGAUGCGCAGUUUGAGCGGGCUGGAGAGUCUAGAAUAAGCAAGACCCUAUUCGGUUGCAUUGCAUGCCUGAGAAGAUCUGGACUAUUGGGAUGGUGCCAUGGCCAUCUGGGGGUGGUACCGUGGCACGAUGAGAGAUAGACUAGAUCGUUAAAGAGAGGAGAAAUGCGAACACUCCAAUAGAGACACCGCUAUCUCGGAGUGUUCACUCUGUCCAGCACAGUUCUUAAUACUGUGUCUAUAACUGCUACUAGUCAUGCCUCAAUUGACAGAAUUCUCCGAAGAUUCUAAAAAUUGGCCUGGGAUGGUCCCGAAGAGGAAGGCAUUACAUCACCGCCUGUCGCCUCGGGGGUUUUACGGGUUUUUAUACUCUGUAGACAGGAGAGAUCCAGUUACUUUUCUGUAUUGGCACCCCAGAGUACUAGGGAACAGACUUAAAAUCGCU